GUCGGGGACCUCCGGCUUUUGUCAAAGAAUUUCUCAGUGGCUCCGUCGCUUUGCACUGUUUUGCAGCUCCUCAUAGUUGAAUUUAGGUAAUUCAUUAAAAAUCCACACGUAACUGCGUUGUGGAACCCUUAACUCGGGACAGAGGUGGGACUACAGCCCAACCAUGAUAACAUCUGCCGCUGGAAUUAUUUCCCUCCUUGAUGAGGAGGAACCCCAGCUCAAGGUUUUUGCACUGCAGAAGCUUGACUACCUCGUCAAUGACUUCUGGGCCGAAAUAUCAGGAUCUGUUGACAAAAUCGAGGUCUUAUAUGAAGAUGAGACGUUCCGAAACAGAGAAUUUGCCGCUCUGGUAGCUUCAAAGGUCUUCUAUCAUCUUGGAGCUUUUGAGGAGUCUCUAAACUACGCACUUGGUGCUGGAGAUCUUUUCAAUGUCACUGAUGACUCUGAAUAUGUGGAGACAAUCAUUGCCAAAUGUAUCGAUCAUUACACCAAGCUGCGUGUGGAAAACGCUGAGCUGCCAGAAGAUGAAGAGAAGAAAGGUAUCGACCCCCGCCUUGAGGGUAUUGUCAACAAGAUGUUCCUGCGGUGCCUCAACGACCACAAGUAUAAGCAGGCCAUCGGCAUUGCCCUGGAAACUCGCCGUCUUGACAUGUUUGAGAAGACCAUCUUAGAAUCGAAUGAUGUCAGUGGGCUACUUGCCUACAGUCUGAAGGUGUGCAUGUCCCUCAUGCAGAACAAAAAGUUCCGCAAUGAGGUGCUGCGGGUUCUGGUCAAGCUCUAUAUGAACCUAGAGAAGCCUGAUUUCAUCAAUGUCUGCCAGUGCCUGAUAUUCCUGGAUGAUCCUCAAGCUGUCAGUGACAUCUUGGAAAAGUUGGUGAAGGAAGACAACCUGUUAAUGGCCUACCAGAUCUGCUUUGACCUGUAUGAGAGCGCCAGCCAGCAGUUCCUCUCCUCUGUCAUUCAGAACUUGCGAACAGUCGGAACACCCAUCCCAGCAGUUCCUGGUUCGACUAAUACAGGCACUGUCUCCACUACAGAUAAAGACAGUGAUGCAAUGGAGACUGAUGACAAAGCUGGCAGCUCCCCCGCAGGAAAGCAAACAGAGACGAAGGAAGAGCCCAAAGAUCAGAACGCCAAGAUGAUCAAAAUCCUCAGUGGGGAGAUGGCCAUCGAGUUGCACUUACAGUUCCUAAUUCGAAACAACAACACUGAUCUUAUGAUCCUCAAAAACACAAAGGAUGCGGUCCGAAAUUCAGUGUGCCACACGGCCACCGUCAUAGCCAACUCUUUCAUGCACACUGGCACCACAAGUGACCAGUUCCUCAGAGAAAACCUUGAAUGGCUUGCAAGAGCCACCAACUGGGCAAAAUUCACAGCAACGGCCAGCCUUGGUGUCAUUCACAAGGGGCAUGAAAAAGAGGCCCUUCAGUUAAUGGCCACAUACCUGCCAAAGGACACCUCCCCUGGCUCUGCAUACCAGGAGGGAGGAGGACUGUAUGCUCUGGGUCUCAUCCAUGCCAAUCAUGGCGGAGAUAUUAUUGACUACCUGCUCAGUCAACUAAAAAAUGCCAGCAAUGAUAUUGUUCGUCAUGGGGGAGCUCUCGGUCUCGGUCUGGCUGCACUUGGAACCGCUAGACAGGAUGUGUACGACCUCCUCAAAUCCAAUCUCUAUCAGGAUGAUGCUGUCACUGGUGAGGCUGCUGGCCUGGCCCUGGGUCUCGUCAUGUUGGGCUCCAAGUCAGCUCAGGCCAUUGAGGACAUGGUGGGCUACGCGCAGGAGACCCAGCAUGAGAAAAUCUUGCGUGGCCUGGCAGUGGGAAUCGCUCUGGUCAUGUAUGGACGCAUGGAGGAGGCCGAUGCCCUCAUUGAGAGUCUCUGCAGAGACAAGGACCCCAUCCUGCGGAGGUCCGGUAUGUACACCGUAGGCAUGGCCUACUGCGGCUCUGGGAACAACAAGGCCAUCCGACGCCUGCUACACGUUGCUGUGAGUGAUGUAAACGAUGACGUCAGGAGAGCAGCUGUUGAGUCCAUUGGGUUCAUCCUGUUCAGAACUCCUGAGCAGUGUCCCAGUGUGGUGUCCCUUUUGUCAGAGAGCUACAACCCUCAUGUUCGCUGUGGUGCUGCCAUGGCUUUGGGCAUCUGCUGUGCUGGAACAGGCAACAAGGAGGCCAUUAAUCUGUUGGAGCCCAUGACCAAUGACCCAGUGAACUACGUGAGACAGGGUGCUCUCAUUGCCUCUGCACUCAUCAUGAUCCAGCAAACAGAAGUCACCUGUCCCAAGGUGAAUCAAUUCAGACAGCUUUAUGCAAAGGUAAUCAAUGACAAGCACGAUGAUGUUAUGGCCAAAUUCGGUGCCAUCCUGGCCCAGGGAAUCCUCGAUGCAGGUGGACGCAACGUCAGCAUCUCGCUUCAGUCCAGGACUGGUCACACUCACAUGCCAUCAGUAGUGGGCCUGCUUGUCUUCACCCAGUUCUGGUUCUGGUUCCCCCUCUCCCACUUCCUGUCCUUGGCCUUCACACCCACUGCCAUCAUUGGCCUUAACAAGGACCUCAAGAUGCCCAAGGUGCAGUAUCGGUCCAACUGUAAACCUUCCACCUUCGCCUACCCACCGGCUCUGGAAGUUCCCAAAGAGAAGGAGAAGGAGAAGGUCUCCACUGCUGUUCUCUCCAUCACAGCCAAAGCAAAGAAGAAGGAGAAGGAAAAGAAAGAAAAAGAGGAGGAGAAGAUGGAAGUGGAAGUGCAGGAAGGCGAGAAGGAGAAGAAGGACGAGGAGAAGGAGAAGGAGAAGAAGAAGGAAGCGGAGCCCAACUUCCAGCUGCUGGAGAACCCAGCCAGAGUGAUGCCGGCCCAGCUCAAAGUCCUCAUCAUGCCUGACACGUGCCGCUACCAGCCCUUCAAACAGCUGCACACAGGCGGCAUCAUCAUCAUGAAGGACACCAGCGAGGAAGAGGAGGAGCUGGUCGAGCCCGUGUCGGCUCACGGCCCCAAAAUCGAGGAAGAGGAGCAGGAGCCGGAGCCCCCCGAGCCCUUCGAAUACAUUGACGAGUAGAUCAGGCCUCAGAAGAGACGGUGUCCUUCUGGCCACUCCCACUCCCACUCCCCCCUCCCUCUCAUUGUUUCUCCCCAGGCUCCUGUUGGUCAGACGGGAGCUAUUUUACAUGUUCACCUUGUAUUUUGUUAUGUCCAUAUAAUAAAAUGUCAUAUAUA